AUGAGCACUAACUUCCCGUCACACAAUCCUUAUUUCAAGGCUUCAGGAAAAGAUGUUUGGUCAUUAAUCAACGAAGCUGCUGCUAAAGCUGCUUCUACAUCAUCAAGAGAGAUUAUUAAUUUAGGCCAGGGUUUCUUCUCAUAUUCACCUCCAAGUUUUGCAAUUGAAGCUGCCAAGGAAGCUUUAGAUGUUCCAGCAUACAACCAGUACGCCCAUACCAAAGGUAAACCAAAUCUUUUGAACGCAUUGGCUAAAACAUACUCUCAACACUAUGGCAGAGAGUUAAAAACAGAUGAAAUUUUGGUCACAACUGGUGCCAAUGAAGCUAUCCUUACAAUCUUAACGGGAUUCUUAGAGAAAGGGGACGAAGUCAUAGUUUUCGAGCCAUUUUUUGACCAAUACAUUUCUAAUAUCGAAAUACCAGGUGGAAAAGUUGUUUAUGUCCCUCUCCACCCACCAAAAGAGAUUUCUGAGCGCAAUGUCAGAGGUCAAGAUUGGAAGAUUGAUUUUGCUGAGUUUGAAGAAGCGAUCACAGAUAAAACCAAAAUCAUUAUAUUGAAUACACCUCAUAACCCUGUCGGGAAGGUAUUUACAAAAGAAGAAUUAACAAAAAUUGGUGAAAUCGCAGUCAAACACAAUAUUUUGAUUAUCUCAGAUGAAGUUUAUGAAAAUCUCUACUACACUUCUGAAUUCACAAGAAUUGCUACCCUAUCACCUGAGAUUGGAAGAUUGACAUUGACAGUUGGUUCUGGUGGUAAGUCAUUUGCUGCAACAGGUUGGAGAAUCGGAUGGAUUAUUGGCCAUCCAGAAUUGUUAAAGUAUGCAUCUUUAGCACAUACAAGAAUUUGCUUUUCAACUCCAGCACCUCUCCAAGAAGCUACUGCAACCUCAUUAAAUAAGGCAUUAGAAAAUAAUUAUUUUGAAAAUACUCGUCAAGAAUACAUCAAAAAGUAUGAAAUAUUUACAAAAAUUUGGGAUGAUUUGGGAAUUCCAUACACAAUUGCUGAAGGUGCGUAUUACUUACUUGUUGACUUUUCAAAAGUAAAAAUACCAGAAAAUUAUGAAUACCCAGAGGACCUUCAAAAUCGUGCCAAAGAUUUCAAAACAGCUUACUGGUUAAUUCAAGAAUUGGGUGUUGUUGCUAUCCCACCAACUGAAUUUUAUAUCAAGGAACAUGAACAUGUUGCUGAAAACUUGUUAAGAUUUGCAAUUUGUAAAGAUGAUGAGACAUUGGAAAAGGCAGUUUUGAGAUUGAAAGAACUUAAAAAUUACUUGUAA